CCCACUGGUGUAUUCAUUCCUUAAGGGCAGUCACACGUCUGUUACAUUCAUUACUGUGUCUCUUGCCAAUGGUGCUAGCUCACUGCAGAGGAAGAGUAAAUGCUUGUUGAAUAAAUGAAUGAAUAUACACCACAUGGAAAAGCAUACAGCCUGAACCGCAGUAUAGCCACAGAAACGAACGAAACUGAGGGAGAACAAUGAGGAGAUAGGCUGAAUGGAGCAAAGGGCCUAUGUUAGAUAAAUUCCUAAAGACUUUUAUUCUAGCCAACAGAAUUGUGAGUCAUAAAUUAAUAUGUGAGUAUCCUCCCAAUUAUGACAUGGGCAUUUUAUAGCUUUUACUUUCACUUAUAACUAUAUUUAUUUAUGUUAGUAAAAUAAGUUAUCCAUAUUAUGUUUAAUGAUUUCUGAGUGUUAUUAGCCUUAUCUCUUUUUAAUUUGAUAAGUUAUAUUAAAUAAACUAUAAUUAUGUCUCAUCACAGUAUUAAUUAUACCAACUAAUUUGUUAAGUGCUAGUUAUCUGUCAGGUCCUUUAUAUGUAUCAUCUCACUUAAUCUUUAUAAUAACCAUAUGAAGGAGGUGGUGGUAUCUCAUUUUACAGAUGAGAACACUGAGAAUCAGAGAAAUUAAGAAUCCCAAGGUCAUAUAGUUAAUAUGCUAGACCUGGAAUUCAAACCAGAUGUGUCUGCUAUUUUUUACUACUACUACUAUAGCUGGUGUCUCUAUGGUGAGUUGUUUUAGAACACAUUAAAAAAGUGAAAUAUGUUUUGUAUGACUAUAACAUUUCUAUUUUCCCUAGUAGGCAAUUAGAAAAUAUUUAACUCAAAAUUUUAAAGCUAAGAAAUUUUUUCCCCCUGAACAAAUCAGAGAGGAUAUCUUUUACAACUAUUUUUCUAAAUGAAGCCUUGAAAAAUGAUGACAUGGUUUUUGACAUACAGAAAGGUGUACAGACUAGUAUAACACCUGUGUUCUCACCACUUAUCUUGAAAUAAAAUCUUACCAGUACAGUUGAAAGCCAUUUCUCCUCAAUCUCAUCUUCCUCCCUCUCCUCAGCAGUAAACAUUAUCCCACUAUCCCAACUUUGGAAUUUAUCAUAUCCCUGCAGCUUAUGUAUCUUGGCAAUAAUCUGGUGUCUGAGUACGAUAUGUGGUACGGUGCAGUUAAUAUCAUUAUUUUUCUGAAAAAAACGUACCUUAUUUCUUUGCUUUUUUGCCAUUCUUUUUUAAAUUGGCCCCCUGAUUUGUACCAGGAAUGAGCUUUGCCACUUUAUGCUCUCCCGCCAUAUCUUGUAACAUGGGUGAGGAAUAAAAAUGUACUCAGUUUCAGAGCUUACAGCUAUGGGACAAAGGAUCAGUUCAACAGGUUGGCAUUUUUGCCAGUCAUGAUCUGAAGCCAAAUUGGUAUGAAGAGGCUUACCAUAAAUGAUCUCAAGGACCUCAUGACUGAUCUUGUUUCUAAGAUGAGUAAGUGGGUUAGGUACAAAUCCUAUUCAAGUUUCAGGUAGGUGAGUGCCUUCUGUGUUUUGUUUUCCCCAGAUUUUAAAGGUUAAGUAUAGUACUCUUCCCUUAUGAUCUCUGGAUAAGCUCCUGGUCUUGUGAAUGAUUCCCAGCAGUGUUACAGUAUAGUUUGGACUUGGUCACAUGAGAGGUCUUUUUGCCCAAAUCUAAGGGAAAGGACUUCCUCAAGUUGGCAAAGAAUAGAAAUAGACUCCCCCCAAAAGGAAGAAAGACAAAAACAAAACAAAACAAAGGCAAUAAUUUGCUAAUUAAGAUGCAGCUCCCCACCCCCCCAAAAAAAAAAAAAAAAAAAGAAAUGCUGCUGACUCAGCACAAUUGGUUUAUAUGAGAAAAAUAGAGACUGAGACUUUUAGGGAAAGAAAAGAGGAGAAUAGGUAAUCAAAUGAGUGAGAAGCAAGAAUCAUAAUUAUGAUGCAGACUGGGGUCGGGGCCAACUAUAGAAUAGAUGCUACUCUUGGGAUUAAAAGCCUGAGACACAAAAAUGGUUUGAAAGAUAAUAGUAAGUGACUAGAAAAUAUCUACAACUGGCUCUUAGUACCUGGGACAUGGUGACUACUCAUUAAUUAACUGAUGGUUUACUGAUACAAUCUCAGUUUAUAAAAAUUUCUCAAUGAAAGUAUAUAUUUGCAUAUGUGAUAAUUUUUCCUAUGUGAAGAUACAUUAUAGCUUAUCUGAGUAUGAUUUUAUUAAAGAAUCUCUUUUUAAAGGUAAUUUAGAUGGUCAUAUUUUGUCAUCUUAAAAGUAGUUCUUUGCAUUAUACAAGAAGAAUGUUUUGAAAAUAUAUAUACAAAAGACUCUUCUGCUAAAGUUCAAGUGACUGAAGGUUGUUCACAAAUUCUUGAUUUCUUUCAUAAAACGAAUUCUGUUGGAUUUUUGCAUAAAAAGUGCAACUACUAAACAUUCUUGUGAUAGCUUCUUUGUGAAUGUGUCACUGUUCUUGAUUUGCACACGCCUUAUAAUUUAGGCCUUCUUUUGUUUUGGGUUGGCAGUUCCAACUGUUAAAGCUCUUGUCUGAUUAUGUGGGACUCCUUAUUUUAAUGGGAGCAGCUUCUUUGCUGCAUUUUUAAAAAAUGGUCUCGGAAGCUUCUUACUGUGGAUCUUUGUUGAGGACAAAGGAUUAUUUAUGCUAAAGGAAAAUGUAUUCCCCACUGAAUUAGCUCGUGGGAAGCAUAACAAGCUUAUUAGUAAUGCUCAAUUGUACUUUGGCCUUUUGCUAUGGUAGAGAGAAGGAAAAAUGACAUCAAAAAGGACAUUCUGCUGUCCUUUGCCUUCCCGCAAAGAAAACGUGAUGUAAUAUUAGACUUUUGUUAGAUUUAGCUCAAGUUCAACUUUGGUACCAGCAGAAAUAUUCCUGAAAGAAAAGUGAAAAGCAUUUUCAUUUCAACAUAGAUGGCCAUGCAACCUGCAAUUCAAGUGUGGUUUGGAGAAGACCUGCCUCUAAGUCCGCGGAGUCCUCUGACCCCCAGACAUGGGCCAGGUUUGGCUGAUGUUUGUCAAUAUGAUGAGUGGAUAGCUGUGAGGCAUGAAGCCACCCUGUUGCCCAUGCAAGAAGAUCUGUCAAUAUGGCUAUCUGGUUUGUUAGGUAUUGAAGUUAAGGCAGAACGAUUAUUGGAAGAACUUGAUAAUGGAGUACUACUAUGCCAACUGAUUGAUGUUCUUCAAAACAUGGUGAAAACAUGCAACUCUGAAGAUCCUGGGAAUUUUCCAAUGAGAAAAGUGCCCUGUAAGAAAGAUGCUGUCUCAGGUUCAUUCUUUGCUAGAGACAAUACUGCAAACUUCCUUCACUGGUGUAGGCACAUUGGGGUUGAUGAGACUUACCUCUUUGAAUCUGAAGGUUUAGUUUUGCACAAAGACCCAAGACAGGUGUAUCUUUGUCUUCUAGAAAUUGGUCGAAUUGUGUCAAGAUAUGGGAUUGAGCCGCCAGUAUUAGUAAAACUUGAGAAAGAAAUUGAACUGGAAGAGACCUUACUUAAUACUUCUGGGCCUGAAGAUUCCAUUAGCAUUCCGAAAUCAUGCUGUCAGCAUGAAGAACUGCAUGAAGCUGUUAAACAUAUUGCUGAAGACCCUCCUUGUAGUUGUUCCCACCGAUUUUCUAUUGAGUACCUAUCUGAAGGACGGUACCGACUUGGGGAUAAGAUACUCUUUAUAAGAAUGCUUCAUGGAAAACACGUCAUGGUCCGUGUUGGUGGAGGCUGGGAUACUCUUCAAGGAUUUUUGCUUAAAUAUGAUCCCUGUCGCAUAUUGCAGUUUGCUACACUAGAACAAAAAAUUCUAGCAUUUCAAAAAGGAGUUGCUAAUGAAAGUAUACCUGAUUCAUCUGCCAGAACACCUCAGCUUCCUGAAAUGAAUCCUUUGUCAGCAGUUAGCAUGUUUCAGAAACAAAAAUCAAAACCUGGCACACCAGUUGGUAUUCCAAGGAGCAAAGAAAAGCAGACAUGUCCACCGGCUGAGCUGCUGCCAGCAUCUUCCCCAAAAGGAGGGAAUCUGGGCUCCGUGUCAGUCCGUCCUAAAUUGCCAAAUACUCCAGCAGUGUCUUCUCAUCUUAAGCUCAAAUCUUCAAAAGGCAUAGUAAAGAAACCACCAGUGCCUUCAAACAAUGCAUCGUCUUCACUUCCUUCUUUAAAUCCAGUAGGUAAAAGUACUUCCUCACCAGCUUCAUCCAGAACUGCACCUAAAUGCAUCCCAUCACCCAGUACUCCUAAGGUCAAGCUUACUAUGGCCCAGAAGCCCAGAGAUGUGCCUGAGUCUGCACUUUUGCCAAAUAAAUCUUCUGGAAAAACUGAACCAAAGCAUUUGAAACACACUCAUGUAUCUUCCAGGGAUAAUGCAGUAUCUCACUCAGCUGCACAUUCAGAUUCAUCAUCAAAGGGUCCAAAGCUCCCUAAAGCAAAUAUCCAUGUAAGGCCUAAACCUUCCCCUUCAUUCCAUUCCCCUACAAAAGUUACAAAAUCUAGUUCCAAAACUACAACCGCAGGUCUAGGAACAGGGUGUCAGCCAUCUGAUGGAGCCCCACAAGCAAGAGCAAUGCCAACACAGAAACUUAAGUCAGCCUUGAAUUUAAAGCAGCCACUCUCGGUAUCCUCAGUUGUGCCUGCAAAAGCUGCACAGGAAUCGAAAGAUAAGAAUAUGGUUUCAGUUGCCAAAAAGCAGCCUCAAAAUAAAAGUACAUCCCAGAAGAUAGGACCCAGCUCCUCGAAGUCCCCUGGCCGUACCCCACUGUCCAUCGUGAGUCUUCCCCAGUCCUCAGUCAAGACACAGACUGUACCAAAGUCAGCACAGACUGCCACUAAGAGCCAGUAUUUAGCUAAAGGGCUUCCAAAAAGUGCCAAAGCCCCAGCCUCAACCAGGAAACCACCCUCAUCUGGCAAGGAAGCAGUUGGCGGCGAUAAAAAACAUACUGCAAAGAAAAAGGAAGAUGAUGACCAUUAUUUUGUUAUGACUGGAAGUAAGAAACCUAGAAAGUAAACACAAAUGUGUCAUUUGAAGAAAACAGGAAAGUCAAAGAGUGAAUGUAUUAGCAUCACAUCUUAAAAAUUUCUCCUGUUUGUCCAAAUAGGUUCAGACAUUAGGCACAGUAAGAUGGGGGUUGGAGGUUGGGGAUGGAGGUGGAAGGUGCAUCAGAAUUCACAUUUCUGAAUUCACCAGAAGGUACCCUUUUGAGGCGGACAGUUGUAAAAUUGCUAUAAGGUUCUUAUUAAUAAUAGACAUUUAUAUGAUUUUCAAUUCAUAGCAUCUUUGUUAAUGUCUGCCCUUUAAGGGAAAUGUAGAGUUAAAUAACACUACUAGAGUUAUAAUUAUAGUUGCUAUAUUUUUAAAUGUGUAUUAAAUAUGGAGGUUACAUACUGGCUAAUGGCAACAGUGGUGCUCUAAAUAUUAAUUAUUGCAUCUUAAAAUUAGCAACGGUUUGGCAUUUUUCUUACAAAAGGCACCUAAUUUAAUUGUUUGAUCAGGAUUGCCUGACUGAACAAUACUAAGUACCAGUGGCUGCUGCUGUUGAUUAGCUGGACGUUAUUCUAGGGUUGGUAGAAUCCUAUUACUUAAAAUUUUUCAAGCUUUCCAAAUCAGGUUUUUGAUUUUUGACUGGCUUAUUUUAAUAUUGGUAAUAUUUUAUUAUAUUUUUGGUAAAAAAUUUGUAAUAUUUUUGGUAAAAAAACACAAAAUAUUGAAAUAUAAACUGAAAUUUGGUAAAAAAACAAGACAUUAUAAAAUGUACACCUCUUUUAGAUGGGUGUUGUGCAAUGUGAAAGGGGAAACUGAUUUAGUAACUUUUAGCAUAUUAAAAAUAUUUUUAUUAUAGUUUCCUAUGAGUGCAGAUACGAAUUUUUACUUUAACAUAAUGUUUUAACAUCAGAAUUAUGUUUUAACAGCCUUAAAAUUAAGGUUUUAUUAAAGAAUCUUAUGGUGGUGCUAUAUAAAAAUUCUCUCAUGUGAUUGUUAUUUUUCUUUAGAUAGCACAAUGCCAAUUUUAAGUAGAUCCUUUCAAUUACAUUAUUAUUAUUUUUUUAAUAAUGUCAUGCUGCUUUCAGUUUUUCAAUGGCAAGUGGACAGUACCUAUGCGGCAUUUUGGGCUCUGUAAGCAGAUUCUCCAAGGAACAUAUCCACAUCAUGUAAUGACCGCAUAGGUUCCAUUGAUCUAAGAUAAAUGUAAAUAAUUUUUCAAGGGAUUGUGACUAUUUAAAAAAGUAUUAAUGUACUUUCAGAAGUUUGGGGGGUGUGCUUAUGAACUUUAUAGUGUUAUCAGUUAUCAUAGGUUAUUGUUUUCAAAAUUGUGGUUUGUAUUUCCCUAUUUUAAGCUAGAAUGUGUUGUCUAAAGAAAAAUAAUGGUUUAUACAAAGGUGCAAUUAUAAGAUAAGCAUCUUAAGUUGACUACUAACAUUCUACAGAUUAUAAAGCAAGAAAACUUUGUAUAAAAUGAAGUGACCUUUUGUCUGAGGAAUAUAGUUAAAAUCAGAGAUAUAUGCCGGCUCGUUUUUGGAAUAAUUGAUGUUUCUCUUCUUACAAGAGACAGUCACCAAAUAUUUGGUUUCGUUCUGUUGCUCUGGGCCUUGAGAGGGAAUAUUUACGUCUUUGGAAAGUGAAAUCAAGUUCAAGAAGUGCUGGAAGCUUUACAUUUUUAGUGAUCAGAAAUAUUUAAUGUAUCUGUCAACGAGGAAGAGUUUUACCUUCAAGAAGGAGUUUAUUUCCUCAUAAGAUCAAAGAAUUCUUCUCUAUCAGUAACUUCUAGAACUUAAAAAAAAUAUGAUACUACAACCAACCUAUGAAUCCAAGUAAAUUUUACAGUAUGUAAACAGUAACUUUUGUGUUGAGAGUAAUCAGGAAUAAAAGCAUCCCACAGGCAUCUGGCACAAAUUCCAAGAAUUUUGUUGUUGUUGUUAAAUUGGAAGUUAAUUUACAAAUGGCCCUGUUCGUCAUCAGUAGGGAAUUUUUCCACUUAUGUUCAUGUUGAAUGAAUUUUUAUUUAUAUAUAGCUUACCCUUCCAACAUAAAGAUUUUUUAAAAAAAGCAACAGCUGAAAGAUACUUUCUUCAAAUAUAUUUUGAAAUGCUUUUAAAGAACUGGUGUUUCUAAUCAUUUUCACAGUUUUUAAAAUACAAUACCGAAGGUGGAAAGUUUUCAUUUCUUCUUACUCAUAAUACAAGGUUUUAAAAGAUUUUUCAUAUUUCAUAUUUAAUAAAAUGAGUAUUAAGCUUAAAUUGUUAAAGCACCUGGCAGAAGAAAUAGCAUGUAUUUUCAAAAAAGGAUGGAAUGAGUUUUUAUUUUUCUUUGCUAUAAUUUGUUAACAUGACUGAUACAUCAAACUAAUCUUCAAAGGAAAAUGAAAUGCUGAUCAUUUUUAGAUUGUUUGGGCUUACAGCAGUUGUUUAAGAUUUAUGUCUUCAAAAUACCUUGAUAAAUUAAGUGACCUCUAACUUUCCUUUCCAUAUUGAGUUUACAAUUCUUAAUGGAUAAGGGAAAUUUUUUGAGAAAAAAUUGCUCUUCCUUCUGUAAUCUAUUUAUCUCUACUUGAUUUUAAAAUCUAUUAGUCUUAAAGCCCUCAAUGAUAAGUGGUUAUUAUACAUUUGUACAUCCAGGUUCACAUAUGACUCCAUUUGAAUCCAAAUUUGUGCACAUUUUCUUGUGCAGCAGUGUUUGUAUCAGAUUUUAACUUAUAUUUUCUCAAGUAUUAAAAUUUAAACGUAAACGA